AUGGAAAAUUUACGUUCUGAAUAUGGGAAAUGUUUUACCAGAAAAGCAAAUGUUUUAAGACAUCAGAAAAUUCAUACAGGAGAGGAAGCAUUUUCAUGUUCUGGAUGUGGGAAGUGUUUUACUGACAAAUCAACUCUCAUUAACCAUCAGAAAAUUCAUACAGGAGAGAAAGCAUUUUCAUGUUUUCAAUGUGGGAAAUGUUUUGGUCAGAAAUCCCAUCUUAUUAGACAUCAGAAAAUUCAUACAGGAGAGAAAGCAUUUUCAUGUUCUGAAUGCGGGAAAUGGUUUACUGAAAAAUACCAUCUUAUUACACAUCAGAAAAUUCAUACAGGAGAGAAAGCAUUUUCAUGUUCUGAAUGUGGGAAAUGUUUUACUGAAAAAUCAUCUCUUAUUAGACAUCAGAAAAUUCAUACAGGUGAGAAAGCAUUUUCAUGUUCUGAAUGUUGGAAAUGUUUUACUGAAAAAUCAACUCUUAUUACACAUCAGAAAAUUCAUACAGGAGAGAAAGCAUUUUCAUGUUCUGAAUGUGGGAAAUGUUUUACUGAAAAAUCAAAUCUUAUUGCACAUCAGAAAAUUCAUACAGGAGAGAAAGCAUUUUCAUGUUUUCAAUGUGGGAAAUGUUUUAGUCAGAAAUCACAUCUUCUUAGACAUCAGAAAAUUCAUACAGGAGAGAAAGCAUUUUUAUGUUCUGAAUGUGGGAAAUGUUUUACUGAAAAAUCAACUCUUAUUACACAUCAGAAAAUUCAUACAGGAGAGAUUUCCUGUUCUGAAUGUGGGAAGUGUUUUACUGUGAAAUCAUCUCUCAUUAACCAUCAGAAAAUUCAUACAGGAGAGAAACCAUUUUCAUGUUUACAAUGUGGGAAAUGUUUUAGACAGAAAUCAACUCUUAUUACACAUCAGAAAAUUCAUACAGGAGAGAAAGCAUUUGCAUGUUCUGAAUGUGGGGUACGUUUUACCCUAAAAUCACAUUUUACUACACAUAAGAGAAUUCAUACAGGAGAGAAAGCAUUUUCAUGUUCUGAAUGUGAGAAGUGUUUUACUGACAAAUCAACUCUUAUUAAACAUCAGAGAAUUCAUACAGGAGAGAAAGAUUUUUCAUGUCUUGAAUCUAAGCAUUCUCAAGAGGAUUUGCGGGUCCAUGCGGCUCUCAGGAUUGUUUCAGUCAUAAAUAACCGUCUCUCUGGUGACUGGGUUCCCUAA